UAUAGUCCCAUACGUUAUCAGAAGGAAGAAGUAGAGCAUAAGGACAUGAGUGGCUAUUCCAAAAUGGAUUCAACAGACCAGAAACUCGACCCGGUCGAUCCUCAGACCCAGAAGCCCGAUCCAGAACCUAUCGAAAUGAUCAUACCGAAGCUGAGUAGGAACAGGUCAGUGUCUGCAUCAGGACAAGCGGCUCCUUCACCAAUGAAGAUGUCUAUGAGGAGAUCUUCGUCUGUCUCUGAACGCUACUGUAGAAUCUACGACCAGAGCUCUGCCACAACGUGGCCUCUUCCUUUCCAUGAAGAAGAUGAAGACGAAGAUGGUGAUGGUAAAGAGAAAGUACAGAAGAAGAGCAAAAACAUCAAGAGAAAAGCAUUCGUAAAGGCUUGUAAGCGGUUUUUUGGGAUCUCGUGAAACCUUUUUUUUAUUUUGUUUUCCUCUACAUCUAUCUUCUUCUUAUAUCAUAUAUAACAGAUCUCAUCAUAUUGUUAUUUUUCGAUUAGUCUUAUCUUCUUUUUUCAUGCAUGAAAUAUUUAA